CCGGCAGGAGACUCCCACACCACAUGUGCCUAUGGCAGAGGUUGCAGGCCGGUGUCUAGAUAGCUACCCAGAGACCGCUUGUGUUAGGAUCUCUCUAGACACCUCCCUCACAGGCGUGGCCAAAGAGUUGAAAGAGAGGAUGCCCGCCUGGGCCAAGAUGAAGAAGGAGAAUAAAGGGCAGCUUAUAUUGCUAGAUACAGAGAUUUUUAGAAGUAGAGUAGGGGCCCUAGUAGACUCAGGGGCCACCCGCAGCUAUAUUAGUAGGAAGGCGCUGCAGAAGUUGAAGCUGGGACUUAAAGUCCAAAAGCUAGCAGACCCUAUAGUUAGUAUCCUCGCAGACAAUCGUACCAUGGUUGUAGAGGAUUACGUUGAGGGAGUCCAGGCGUAUUUUCGCCUAGAGAAGGAUGGGAAAAUGGAAAAGAUCCUCCACUCCCUGACUCUCCUCGUAGAAGACAGUCUCCCAUUCGACAUUGUUCUGGGAAUGGAUUGGGGUGAGGCAGCCGGGGCCGCGCUCCAUUUGAAGGAGCACGAGUGUAGGCUCCCUAGUUCGUCAGGCGAGGCAAAGACUACCCGCCUGUUUCAUGCGUCAGGGGUAGAGAAUUCCUUGGCGCACUGUUGCCUUAGUGCCCCCGCGUUCACCAGAUUGGUGAAAAAGGAGAAACUAGAGGAACAAGUUUUUGUUGCCUAUGUCAGGCCAGUGACUGAGCCUAAGAAAGAGAAGCCCGUAGACCCUGCUAUUGCCAAAUUGCUGGAAGAGUUUAAGGAUUUAACURAGCCGCCGACAGGCACGGUGCCGCGGCCCAUCCAGCACCGUAUUGAGAUAGAGCCUGGCAGUAGAACUCCUAAGGGUGCUGUAUAUAGGACGUCCCCGCGGGAGUUGGAAGAGCUACGGAAGCAAUUGGACGAGUUUCUCGAAAAGGGUUGGAUUAGGCCCAGUUCGUCUCCUUUUGGAGCCCCUGUUCUCUUUGUCCCUAAGAAAGAGGGAGAGCUGAGGAUGUGUAUAGACUAUAGGGGUCUGAAUGCUAUUACAGUAAAGAAUGCUGAGCCACUGCCUAGGAUAGACGAUCUCUUAGAUCGAGUGCAGGGGGCGAAGUAUUUUUCUAAGAUAGAUUUGAAGUYSGGAUAUCAUCAAAUAGAGGUGCAUCCUGAUGAUCAGUAUAAGACAGCCUUCCGGACUAGAUAUGGGCACUACGAGUUCAUAGUGAUGCCCUUUGGACUAACCAAUGCGCCAUCUACGUUCCAGCGCUGUAUGAACGAUUUGUUCAGACCAUGGUUAGAUAGAUUUGUUAUAGUGUACCUAGAUGACAUUCUAGUGUUUAGUAAGACCCUCGACGAGCAUCAGGGUCAUCUCAGGCAGGUCUUGGAAAAGMUGAGGGAAGCUAACUUCAAGAUCAAUGCAAAGAAGUGCGAUUGGGCGAAGACCCAACUUUUGUAUUUAGGCCACGUCUUAGACGGAGACGACAUUAAGCCUGAAAACAGUAAAAUUGCAGCAAUUAGAGAUUGGCCAACGCCGCAUACGUUGACAGAGUUGCGGUCGUUUUUAGGCCUAGCUAACUAUUAUAGGAAGUUCGUGAGGAACUUCUCCACCAUCGCUGCGCCCCUUCGCAGAUUGCUAAGAAAAGAGACAAUAUGGAAGUGGGACAAGGAUUGCACGUCUGCCAUAAAGAAGCUAAAGCAGGCGUUGAUAGAGUACCCGGUCCUUAAGGUCGCCGAUCCGUCCUUGCCUUUUGUCGUUACUACGGAUGCUAGCCAGUACGGCAUAGGCGCAGUGUUGCAGCAAGACGAUGGCAAUGGGUAUAGACCCGUAGAGUUCAUGUCCGCCAGAAUGCCUUCAGAGAAGGUCGCAACAUCUACCUAUGAGAGGGAACUCUACGCUCUCAGGCAAGCGUUAGACCACUGGAAGCACUACUUGCUUGGGAGGCACUUCAAAGUGUAUUCUGACCAUGAAACGUUACGAUGGUUAAAGACGCAAGCCAAGAUGACACCUAAGCUUACUAGGUGGGCCGCCGAGAUAGAUCAGUACGACUUCGAGCUCAAGCCUGUCAAGGGGAAGUACAACGUAGUUGCGGAUGCUCUGAGUAGGAGGGCAGAUUACUUCGGGGCGAUAGUGCAUUACCUCGAUAUAGGGAAAGACCUGCAGCAAGAGGGUGAUCCAGAGUGCGAACAGUGAGUUGUGUGGGCGCCCAGUCGCCAUAGCCAGUUGAAGAGAACUCAUAUCUGGUUACGAUAUC